AUGGGCGAAGAGCUCUCCGAAUUCGAAAAGCAACGUCUUGCCAAUAUCGCAGAACGCGAUGCGCUUCUCAAGAAGCUUAGCCUUGACGCGCAAUCGGCGGGGGUCUUCCCCCCUAAGAUGCCGAGAGGUACAACUGGUGAUCAAUCGAAACCGAAGAAGAAGCCUGCGCCGAAGAAAGUAAAGACGGAAGAGUCUCCACUACCUCGUCGCACAUCUUCGCGAUUGAAGGGAAUCGCGGCGGAUAGUGAGGUUGCGAAACGAAAGGCGGAUGAGGAAUAUGAUCGCAGGCAGGAGGAGGAGAGGGUGAAGAGGGUCCGGAAGUCAGAAUCUUUCUCCUUCAAUGAUAUAUUCGUGUCGGGUCAGAAAUUGUCUGGGGAUGCAUUGAUUGGCGUGGAUGUGGUCACCAAGGGAGUCGCAGUGCCCUACCAGCGAACAUUCGGAGAAGAUGACAUCAAAUCGACCGAUGACAAGGAUUUGAAGGCUCUCAGGAAAGAGAUGAAUGGGUUAAGCCUUUGGGAACCCUGGGAACCUAACCGUAUCAAGCUCACACCCGAAAGAGUAUACACCAUGACGUUCCACCCAUCGGAGGCCAAGCCGUUGAUAUUUGCCGGAGAUAAAAUGGGCCAUCUCGGGAUCCUCGACGCCUCUCAGGAGAAGCCAAUCUCCGCCCUAAAGAAUGAAGACGAAGACGAAGACGACGAAGACCCAGACCCAGUGCUUGUUACACUUAAACCUCACACGCGAACCAUCAGCUCAAUGACAAUCCAUCCCUCGAAACCCACACACCUUUACACUGCUAGCUACGACAGCUCCAUCCGCGAGAUGGACCUUGAGAAGACUUCAUCGGUUGAAAAGUACGCACCGGAGUCUACAUCAGAAGACGUCCCCAUUUCCGGCCUUGACAUGACCGCCUCAGAUCCCAAUGUAAUAUACUGGACCACCCUAGAUGGCGCAUUUGGCCAAUACGACAUGCGCACCAAGCGACAAAGCUCUGCUGCUACCUGGCAACUGUCAGAGAAGAAAAUCGGUGGCUUUUCUCUCUACCAAACACACCCCCACUACUUUGCAACAGCCAGUCUCGACCGCACCAUGCGCCUCUGGGACCUCCGCAAGCUAUCUCAUACCGAUCCCACCCCUAUCGGCGAACACCAAAGUCGCCUGUCAGUCUCACAUGCAGCCUUUAACAGCGCGGGACAAAUAGCAACGUCUUCCUAUGACGAUACGCUCAAAAUUUACGACUUUAGCCCCAAGGGAAUUGCCACAUGGAAACCAGGACACGCCCUUGACGACUCCAAGAUGAAACCCGAUACUGUUGUACGGCAUAACUGCCAAACUGGACGAUGGGUUACCAUUCUGCGCCCUCAAUGGCAAAUUAACCCACAGUCAUCCAUCCAACGGUUCUGCAUUGGAAACAUGAACCGCUUUGUUGAUAUUUACAGCGGCUCAGGAGACCAGCUGGCACAGCUUGGAGGUGAUGGUAUUACAGCCGUCCCUGCUGUCGCUGUUUUCCACAGAAGCAAGAACUGGGUUGCGGGCGGAACGGCCAGUGGGAAGAUCUGUUUGUGGAUGUAG